AUGGAGUAUAUGGCUUUUUAAGUAAACUGCCCCGUUUUCAUCAUCUAGCUCUCUUUCACGCGCCCGCUCCUUCACCAAAUUGAGCGAAGCUCUCCCUCGCGUGGACGAUAGGGUUUUGCUUCAGACUCUGCAUGGAAGAUGCAAAUCACCCAAAAUCUCAGGAAAUCCCAUUUUCUCAACUGAGCUGCAACGGCAUGGAAAAUGCAAAAAGAAAAAAGGCAGGAUUGUUUCUGAAUUUUCCUGAGGAUUUACUAUGUGACAUACUGCUAAGACUACCGUUAAGUUCACUGCUACGAUUUAAAGCUGUGAACAGAUGCUGGCAUUCUUUAAUUUCAAGUCAUGGGUUCGCCAUUGGGCAUCUUAAUUAUCAAGCUAAUAAUGCAGAACCUAGCCCUCGCAAAUAUGGAGUUAUCCAAGUAUCAAACAUACCUCAACAACAACUGCCACGGCUUUCUCUCUACAUGCACAGAAAAGCUGAAGAAGAAGAUUCUGAUGUAUUAAUUGUGCAGACUGUGGGGUUUCCUAAUCCUCUUUUGCUGCUAGAAGAUUUUAAGAACAUCAAUGAUUCACAGGUCUUUGGUUCAUGUAAUGGUUUGCUACUUCUAGGCCAUGGUAAAAACCCAAAGCGCUUCAUCUUGUGGAAUCCGUCAACUGGGCAGGAUAAGGAGCUACCAUUGAACCACUUUUGUGAGUGCCCUACGACAUUCAUGGCUGGCCUUGGUUAUGAUUCUUUCUCUGAUAAUUACAAAGUGCUUGCAGCAGUUAAUGAUGGAGGUUCACAGUUAACCUAUGUUGCUGUAUAUAAUCUUAAGACCAAUUCCUGGGCUAUGUUGGAAAAGACUGUAUUCCCUUAUGAGUUCUCUUCUGAUUCUAGCCAACCAGGGAUAACUCUCGCAAAUGGAGCUCCUCAUUGGGUGCUGAAGCGUAGGGGUACUGGUCAUGUAGCAAAUGUGAUAAUUUAUUUUGACUUAGUUCAGGAGAACUUCAAGGAGUUGCCCCUGCCUGGCCGGCUGGUAGGUGCUAAAAAUGUUUUUCUGGGAGCUUGCAAAGGUUCUCUCUGUGUUGGCUCUUUAUGGCCCGUUAACAGUCAGAUAUGGAUAAUGAACCAAUAUGGUGUGAAGGAGUCUUGGACCAUGUUGAUGCUUAUCCCAGGAGCUUCUUCCACUUAUAGCAUCCUAAAUUUUCAACAUUUGAUGUCAAUGCAAUUUCCAAAGAAGAGUAUAGUUCUGAUGAUAUUAGAUGGGAAUAGUGCAGCCCUAUUCAAGAAUAAAGUAAAGGAGUCUAACUCAUUUUCCUUCUCAGGUUGUCAAGAAGGGUUGAUAAUAACUGCAUACAUGGAGAGUCUUAUAUCACCCAAUAAUUACGGUUGAUAUACAAGCUCUUACACUAGGGAUUGAAAGAUCUUAUCAAAAAAAGGGAUUGAAAGAUGAAAGAUUGGUGAGAUUGCAGCUUACCCUUCUUAAUUCUCUAGUAUCUUAAAUUUUCUCUACAUCUUAACUGGCCAUGAAUCAGUGACUUGUAAGGAUAAUGUGAUGCAUAUAUAUCUUAUCAUUAAGUUAUUCUAUUUGUCAAGCUUAGAAUACCAGUAUCCUGCCUAUAGUUUUAUUUUGUUUUAUUUAUUAUUGGGUUUGUAAUGUAAUAUGGUUCUGUUCUUGUUAAUAAUACCUUUUGGCAGUCUCAUGGUCUGAUGGGUUUGGAUAACAGUACCUGCACAGUCUGGAUCAGCUUUGUUGUUUAAGUUACCAAGAUUAUUGUCCGACAA